AUGAUGGACCCGGUGCACGUGCGGCACAUUGUGGAUGCAAGUGCCCAAAACGUGCUUCCCCUCCGCCCCAUGAUGGGCUCCUACGUAUGGCUGGUGACGUUCGAGGCGCAGGCAACGAACGACAUCCACGUCAGCUUCAACAAGGACACCUCCCGCGUUGAGGGCCGAGACGGCCUCGCCGACCAGUCGCCCAACUACGAAGUCACUGCGGUGAGGAAGCGGGGCCAGCAGCAGGCAGCCGCGCGCAAGGAGGAGAACCCCAACGCCGUCAUCACGUCGCCGCACUUCACCCAGUACUGGUUCCUUCUUGACAACGGCUUGCUGGUCGUUGGAAAAGGAGAGCCCGGCACCCAUGAAAUCAUCAGAUGGAAGGACGAUCACCACGACUUUCAGGACCUGCGCUACGUGGGCUUUUCCUCGUGGGACAAGCCCAUCCAAUAUCGACACAUUGCAGUGACGGGCACCAUACCGGUGUCGUGCCUCUCGCUAUCGCGGCUCUCGGCCCACUCCACAUUCAGGCAGGGCGAGAGUUCGCUCUUCCUCAGCGACCUCUUUGCCGACGUCCACUUCCACGUCGGCUCCGCGGUCUUCCCCGCCCACUGCUGGCCACGAACAACUCCGUUCAUUGUGACCCUCGCGGAAGAGGAAACGAGGGCGGACGAGUUUCGGGAGCUGCUGCGCUUCAUCUACACUGGCGAGGUGAAGCUCCGCACAACGGAUCGCGAGUCGUUCGACGGCCUGCUGGCCCUGGCGCAGCGCUGGUCGCCUCAGCUGGCGGCCCACCUCACCGCCGCCACUGCAGGUGGUUUGGUCGCGCUUCCCUGGUUCGGGGAGCUGGUGGGCAGCGAGCGAUGGCACGACGUGGUGCUUACCUUCCCCGGCGACUCUUCUUCAUCUUCUGCUUCUUCUUCCGCUUCCUCGUCGUCCUCAGCUGCGCCCCCGCCGCCCACCGGCCGGCUGCCGGCCCACCGCGCAAUCCUCGCCACCGCCAGUGAGCCGCUGUGGGCGCUGUUGGGCGGCGCGCACGGCUGGCGUGAGCGGACUGAGGGCGAGGUGGCCCUGCACGACGUCGACGAGGCGGCGUUCCGGAUCCUCAUGGAGUGCGUGUACAAGCGCACGUGCCGGCGAUUCACCUCCCUCGUCGAGGAGGUCCUGCCGCUCCUCCUCGCCGCCGACCGCUUCGACCUCCUCAACACGCCCAAGCUCUACCCGCCACCGGCCGCCGAUUCCACCAGCGACGUGGCAAGUCCUGGUGAGCCGGUGCCUCUGGCGGACCACUGCCUGGCCUACGCGAUGGCCCACUUCGACCUGUCGACGUGCUGCCCCACAUUCCACAUCGCCGACGUGCUCGCCCUCCCGGCCCUCCGCCUGGCCGCCCAACACUUCAUCCAGGACAACUUCGACCGCACCAAGAAAUUCCUGAGUCUGGAGAGUCAUCUGCUGCUGGAGCUGGUGGUGAAGGACGCCCUGGUGGUGUCCGACGAGGAGCACGUGUGGGAGGCUGUCCUGCGGUGGGCCGCGCACAAUCCCGACGCCGAGAGCGCGCUCGCCCAGAUCCUCACCUACAUCCGCUACCCGCUCAUCAGCCCCAGCUACGUGGCGGAACACAUCCUGCCGCAUCCCUACGCCAAACUUCCGGGCGUGGAGGAGGCCGUGAAGCUGAACUCCAAUCCUCUCAAGCUCUCCGGGGGAUCGGCAGCGGUGCAGGCCGGCAAGGUGGUGCUGCGCCAGUCUCUGGCCGACAUCCUCAACCGGCCCCGCACGCCCCGCUCCCUCCAGGGCUGGAAGGAGCUCCCCUACUCCGGCACACCCGGCGACGCUUCGGGCCUUUUCCAUUGGCUGGGAACGAGCGGCGGGGCGGGCGGAGGGGCGAAGGAGCGCGGGUGGGUGAACCCGUGCCGGGCGGGUUUGGUGAAGGUGGUCUGCUCGGCCCCGCCCUCGCGCUACUCCAACCCGGAAGCAGUCGUCGACCGCGCCUUCCACACCACGUGGUACACCUCCGGCCGGCCACACCCCUGGCUCAUCGUCCAACUCCUCAAGGAGAAGGCGUUCGUGAUGAAGGGUUACGCGAUCAGGCAGGACGGGUCGACGGUGUUCCUGCGCUCGUGGAGCAUGCAGGGCUCGAACGACGGGCAGUCGUGGGUCGAUCUGUCGACGCACGUCAACGACUGCGGGCUGGCGUCGCCCUCGCGGUGGGUCUUCUGGCCGGUGAGCUCGGUCGUUCCCUACGCCCAGUUCCGCCUCAUCAUGACCGGACCCUCCGCCUCCCCCGUCUCGCCCAACACCCUCGCCCUCUCCAACAUCGAGUUCUACGGCUUUUUCAACUGA